AUGUCAGACCCCCAGAAAUACACGGUCGGUUGGAUAUGCGCCAUCACCACCGAGUCCGUAGCAGCCCGGGCCUUCCUCGACGAAGAACACGACGGCCCUUGCCAAGUCUCACAGCACGACAACAAUAGCUAUGCCCUGGGCCAGGUCGGCGGCCACAAUGUAGUCAUCGCCAUCCUGCCUGAUGCAGAAUAUGGCAUAGUGCCCGCGGCGGCAGUAGCCCGAGACAUGCUCCACAGCUUUCCGAACGUGCGCAUCGGAUUGAUGGUCGGCAUCGGAGGCGGUGCGCCUAGCCGGAAGCGUGAUGUCCGACUCGGUGAUGUAGUAGUCAGCAGUCGCGAUGGCGGCAAAGGCGGCGUGUUCCACUACGACUUUGGCAAGACUAUCCAGAAUCAGUCAUUUCAAGAGACUGCAUUCUUGGACCAACCACCCUUGGUGCUGCGGACGACUGUGAGCACGCUCAGAGGCACAUACGAGAUGAAAGGCCACCAGCUUGUGGACGAUCCCGACUUUAUGCAUCCUUCACAAUCGUCUGACGGCUGCGACGUCGCGUGCGGCAAUGAUGAAACCCACCUGGUGGUCCGGAAGGAACGAGACGAAGAGGAAGACGAUCCCGUGAUUCACUACGGCUUGAUUGCCAGCGGAAGCCAACUGAUGAAGGAUGCGCGUAUCCGGGACAAGCUGGCGGAUGGAAAGGGCGUCCUUUGUUUCGAGACGGAGGCGGCCGGCCUGAUGAACCACUUCCCAUGCCUAGUGAUCCGCGGGAUAUGCGACUACUCCGACUCGCACAAGAACAAGGAGUGGCAGGGCUUUGCGGCAAUGAUGGCGGCGGCGUAUGCGAACAAUCUUCUGCUUGUGACUAUGGAACAUAACGAUCGCCUCGCUCAACUCGAUCGAUGGCUUCGCCCACCCGACCCAUCAACGAACUUCAAUCAUGCGAGAAAACAAUGGCACGAGGGAUCCGGGCUAUGGUUCCUGAAUAGCGCUGCCUUCAACGAGUGGAAGCAUGGAUCACAUCGCCAUCUGUGGCUUCACGGCUUAGCAGGAUGUGACAAAACCGUCCUCAGUGCGACAAUAGUGGAUCAUCUCCGGAAGAUGGACGAUUGCGUCACCCUUGAAUUCUAUUUCGACUUCAACGACACCGCGAAACAGAAGAUGGACGGCGUGUUACGCUCCCUCCUCUUUCAGCUCUACAAGUUAGGGUCUCGCUCUAAAGACCUCGACAGCUUAUACCAAUGCCACCUCGACGGCCAGCGGCAGCCAGACACACUGACUUUAACAAACUGUCUCCGCGCGAUGAUCAAGGGCUCGAAAACUACUUAUGUUAUUCUGGAUGCCUUAGACGAGUGUCUGGAGAGAAAGGAACUGCUUGGGUGGAUGAAGGAAUUCUUCACAAUACCCGACCUGAGCCACGUUCAUCUGAUUGCCACUGGCCGGCCAGAAGAAGAGUUUUUGAGCUUCAUUCCCGGCUGGCUCGGCAACGAGCACUGUUUGCCACUGGACAAGAACGCUGUUAACGCCGACAUACGCUCCUAUGUCAGAGCGAGGCUUGAACAGAGUUCCGAUUUCGUGGACAAGGGCCUAUCUCAGGAUCUCCUCGAACAGAUACGCAAUAAAGUCGGAGACCGGGCUGAUGGCAUGUUCAGAUGGGCCGCAUGUCAAUUGGCCAGUCUUGCAACAUGUAUGAGUCCCAGAGCUAUCGAAAUAGCUCUCGAGACUUUGCCCCGGGAUCUCGAUGAGACGUACCGUCGCAUGCUUCGAAGCAUCCCGGCAGAUAUUGAGAAGGAUGCCAUGCGCCUCCUGCAGUUUCUCGUCCACACCAAGCGGCCGUUGACACUGUUAGAGGCCGUAGAGGUAAUAGCCACACAGACGGAUGAGGAGCGCCGAGGCUUCGACCCGAAGCGCAGACUGUUUCGUGAAGCCGAUAUUCUACGGCACUGUCCCAGCUUGGUGAAGGAGCUCCAUCUUGCCCACUUCUCUGUCAAAGAGUAUCUUCUAAAACAAGACCAGUUUGACCUCACCAGUGCCAGCGUUGGUAGCUCCUGGAAAAUCAAGCAGGAUUUUCCGAUGGCAAGAUAUGCGGCGGAGUACUGGAUGGGCUAUGCAACUUCGGCAGAGACUUCAGAAGCCGUUGUUCGGACAGCAGUCAGGUUUUUACAGGACGAGUCAACUUUUCAGCGGUGGAGUCGGUUGUAUCAGGCUGACCGGGAAUCGGACAGCGAUCCGGGCCCUCCUCGAGCAUCCAGACUCUAUUACACUUGCCUAGGUGGACUCGUAGCAAUUGCAAUAAGCCUUCUGGGCGAGGGCGCCGACGUUAACGCGCAGGGCGGCCGCUACGGCAACGCUCUCCAAGCUGCCUCAUCCAGAGGCUACAGAGAAGUUGUGCAACUCCUACUGGACAACGGCGCCGAUGUCAACGCGCAGGGCGACUACUACGGCAACGCUCUCCAAGCUGCCUCAUCCAGAGGCUACAGAGAAGUUGUGCAACUCCUACUGGACAACGGCGCCGAUGUCAACGCGCAGGGCGGCUACUACGGCAACGCUCUCUAUACUGCCUCAUCCAGAGGCCAUAGAGAAGUUGUGCAACUCCUACUGGACAACGGCGCCGAUGUCAACGCGCAGGGCGACUACUACGGCAACGCUCUCCAAGCUGCCUCAUCCAGAGGCUACAGAGAAGUUGUGCAACUCCUACUGGACAACGGCGCCGACGUUAACGCGCAGGGCGACUACUACGGCAGCGCUCUCCAAGCUGCCUCAGACGGGGGCCACAGAGAAGUCGUCGGAUAUGGCAUUGAACGUCUUUUCGGCGAUCAAGCUCCCCAGACCUCCGGGAAAUCGUGCGGGCCAAGCUAA